AUGGAUUCAUACCUUCUCGUUCUCGUGGUGUCCGGUGUUAAUCCCCGUUGGGGAGACCAAAUUGAAUCCGACGUGGUUGUGCGACCGUGCCCCGCGCCGACCGCACAACCACACCAAAAAUCAGGGGAUACUGGAUAUGAAAACCAUCCGACUUCUUUUUACCCGACUCGCACUCGGGCCCAAAGCUGGUCUUGCAUUACUAGCGAACGUGGUGCCGCCCUAAAAAGAAGACAGGACACCCCUGAGCUUGUAUACGGUCUGGGAUCAUAUCGUGCGAGAUGUGGUGAGGCGGUAGUGAACUGCUGA